UCAAAGUAACUCGUGAACUCGCCAGUGAGUCUGCUACUUGGCUAACCGGGACCGGAGGACAUAUGUAUUAGUUACUAAUUUUCGGGUCACCUGAACAAUAUUUAAAAUAUUCAUAUAUUGUUCAUUUUGGCGAAACUGUGGAAGGAUAUGAGAUAAACUUCGUUUGCAACUUGACUUUGAUAUGCCCCUCCUGCUGCUGCUUCUCUCAGAUGCUGAGACAUUUCUAUUUACCUGUAAUUAAGCUGAAUAAAUACUGAAUUUCAUUUAAAAAGUAGAAGAAAAUUACACUCCCGUUUCUUGGAUUUAAAGAAAGACAAAGUAUCAUUUUCAGACUAAGCAGCGAGUUAAAGGGGAGAAAUGGCGCCAGUGACUUUGGUGGCUUUGACUGAAGAAUGGAUAAUGAACAAAUUGGGAUUACCUCACAAACGCCUUGGAGAUGUUCGUUCACUGAGCCUUCCCGGUAACUAUAAGCAGAAAAUCGGAAGUCUGGGAAAUGGACUGGCCAAUUUUGGACGUCUGAAAUCUCUAAAUCUUGCACACAAUUCAUUAGUCUCUGUUGAGGGUGUGCAACACUUGAAACAGUUAAACGUCCUAAAUCUAUACUACAACUGCAUACCUUCCAUUAAGGAAGUGAAGGUCCUCUUUGAGUUGCCAGCUUUGAGGGACCUUGACCUCAGACUCAAUCCUAUUGCCAAGAUUGAGCCACACUACCGACCUUAUGUGGUGCAUGCCAUGGAUAACCUACGCAAAUUAGAUGGAUAUCCAGUAAAACAUUUUGAGCGCCAGGCAGCCAAGAAGCAGUUCUCACAACAAAGAAGUCACGAUGACAAACAAGUUUUAGUGGACCGCCUAGUCACGAAGUCCCCGCUUCCAUCUGACACUGUCCAUCAAAGCAGCAUUACCUCGAACCAAGAUUUAGAAACAACUCAUCAGCAGCCAGGCACGUUACUGGAUGCUUCAUUGACGACCGCAUGUGCCAAUAUGCUGAAACAAGUAGAAAAUAAGCAGAAAAGUUACUGUAAGCCCCUGGAGGAGUUGCUCGAGCUCAUGGACAAACAUUGGGUAGGAGAGAGAACUCUGCAACUUGACACCAACUUCCUGAUUCAGAUUGUCCAGAUCCUCUCGAUGAUGGAAAACCAUAUCUCUAAUCAGGAGGCCAAGGUCAUGAACUUAAAAAAGGAAGUUGGGGCGUGGUGUGUUUUUGCAGCCACACAAGAACGAGAUCACGACGCAGAUAUGAAGAAAGUCACUGCUAAUCUGGACGAGCUCAAUAUGCAAUUGCGGACUGCCUUGGAGGAGAACGUUGCCCUUCAAAGAGAGUUGCGCAUGUCACAACAGGCUCAGAGAACGGUGGAUGAGCUGAGAAUUCAAGUGGAAAAGCCGUGAAGAAAAUUGAAUGAGGCUCAGAGUGAAUCCUCAGGUCUGACUGGAAGUGCAAAAGAGUAAUGGCAUUCCUGGGAUGAAGCAUUACUUUUGAAAUUACACAGGCUGCCCAAGGGCGUGCCGGCCUUGUAGUUCUUAGUUUUUUUCCCCUCCAUCAUGUUUGUAUUAAGAUUCUGCAAUCAAUGAGCUAUUUAUUAUGUAGAAACAAAGAAGAAGGCAGUGUUUAUUUGAAGUUAACCUUCAGAGAGAAAGGUUAAGUAAUUUAUUAAAGGAUGCUUGUGUAUAAGUUUGUGACAUUGCUGUUAUUUUAACAAAUGAUUUUGGUAGGAAUUAUUUUGGACU